CACCACCCAAUCAAUCUCAGCCAUAUCAUGUAAAUUAUUACAGAAACCAAACAGAAGCUAUCAUGAACGCCCCCCCUGUUCACGAACCUCCUCCUCCACGUCCUUCUUCUUCUUCCCCCAGAUAUAGUCUUAAAUAUUAAUUGGACUGAAAAAUAAUGGCAUGAUUUUGCAUACGCAAAUCUCAUUACAAGUUUUAAGAAAUCCUAAUAUAAAUAUUUUUAUCACUUUCUCUGAUACUGUACUCUCUCAGUCAGCGCAUAAGGCAUAAUAAAGCCCCCCCGGCCCCCCUCCUCUCUCUCUCUCUCCCUCUCUGACACACACAGUAUCACGGCUUUUCUUUGUUUUCGCUCGUUCCCCCAAGCUCCACGGCAUCAUUUUAGGUGUCAAAAUAACGAAGAACAGCGAUCUUCCACAAAGUUGGGGAAAAUUGGCAUUUGGAGGGAUUUAUGACAAUAUUUCCAUAUAUCUUGUCACUGUCUAUGAUUUUGUUUAUUGGUGGACCGUGAAUUAAUAGGAGCUGCAUAGAACUCAAUUGGAUGUAAUAUUUGAUGGGGGAAAGAAAAUUGAAUUUCGGUGCACCACUUCUGUCUGUGAGGCGAUUUUCUUCACCAUCAGCAUCUGAAGAUAGGAGGAAUAGGAAAAUAAUUGAGUAUCCCCUGCCUGACAGACAACUUUCUCUUCCUUUUUAUCAAUCAGAAUUGGAUUUGAAUCAAGUAACAGAAGAUGUUGCAGUUCCUUUUCAAUGGGAGAAGAUACCAGGAAGAGCCAAGGAUGGCAAUGGACCAGAACCUCUGCCUUCUGAGGAGGCCUCUGUUACUCCAAGGCUUCCUCCUGCAAGGUUCAUGAAUAUUACAAAGCUGCCUUCAGAAAAGGAAUGUGACAAUACAAAUAGCUUGUGGGGUCAAAUUGUGCCAUAUACUUCAACUGACAAGGAGUGCUCCAGAGAGGGGAUAAAUGAGAAAGGGGGCUUGGGUUUGGAGGACGAUGAUGAUGUGAAUUCUGAUGCACAUGACACACUGUCUCCUACGAAUUCAUUCUCAAUGAACUACAGUGCAAGUGGUCUAAGCGGGUCUGAUGGUCCAGAUGUGAAGCCUUCUGGGACCUUCUCUACAGAUCCACAAACUCUAGAUUUUAUGAUGAGCCGCUUCUUACCCGCAGCCAGGGCUAUGACUUUAGAGCCACCUCGAUAUGCUUCAAGGAAACAAGGUGCUUCCCUUGAGCAACCAAGAAAAGUUAAUAAAGUAGCUAGUGAGGAUAGGUGGCAUUUACUAAAUCAAAAUGGGUCUAACAUAAUACCGUUAUAUGGCCAAAAUGAAGAUGAAGAAGAAAGUGAGGAUGACGAUGAUGAGUACGACACUUCUGGUAAUAACUCAGCUAAAGGUUGUGGGCCAUUCCACGGAUUAUGCUUUAAGAAUUCUCUAUGCCUCUUAAGCCCAGUGCCAGGGAUGAAAGUUAGGACCCUAUCUCAUGUGUCUUCCACACGUGAGAUUGUAAGACCAAGUAAAACUGUUCGAUCUCAAAGUCAAAUUGUCCAAAAGCAUGCUUGGAAUGCUGUGGAUAAGUCCCAAUCAGACUAUAGAGUUCGAUCAGGUGAACUGCAGAAGGUUGAUAAAAAGCGGAAUGGUGAAUAUAGUCAGUUAACACGUUCUGGAGAACUGCAAACAUUGGGUAGGUCUUCUACAUACACACGUUCACAGGGUGCUGGAGUGUCUCCGUACAGGAAUGAAGCACCUCAGUCUCGCUUUUGCAGUGGUGAACUGCCGAAGGUUGAUAAAAAACGGAAUGGUGAAUAUAGUCGGUUAACAUGUUCUGGAGAACUGCAAACACUGGGUAGGUCUUCUACAUACACACGUUCACAAGGUGCUGGAGUGUCUCCCUACAGGAAUGAAGCACCUCAGUCUCCCUUUCGCAGUGGUGAACUGCAGAAGGUUGAUAAAAAGCGGAAUGGUGAAUAUAGUUGGUUAACACGUUCUGGAGAACUGCAAACAUUGGGUAGGUCUUCUCCAUACACACGUUCACAGGGUGCUGGAGUGUCUCCCUACAGGAAUGAAGCACCUCAGUCUCCCUUUCGCAGUGUCAGUUUCCUUGGCCUUCCCAAAGAAAUUGAGAAUUUCAAGGCCAACAGGUUUAGUUUGUGUAAUGAAGGCAGCAAUAAAAAUAAGCAAAGGUCAGGCCCAAUGAGCUCUGCAGUUGAGAAGACCCUGUAUGUAGACACUGUGAACAAUGCAAAAUUAUCAUUUUCAAAUUCAAGCUCCUCAGUCACCCAGGAAUGGAUAGACUCUGCUUAUGAGGAUUUGGAAAAGUCUUUAGAGAGAAGAGGGUCGGAAGAUACUAAUAACACAGAAUCCAUUUUCCAAGAUAUAAAAUGCCUAAAUAUUUCAAAUAAAGGAGCCGCAUUAGAUACCUUUGUGUCUGUUGAUGCUGAUAUAUCUUCUUUGUCUGCAAUAUCACAUCCAAAAGGCCAAGAAGUCACAAUUGAGGACUCUGGACAUAAUGAAGGGAUUGAUAGAAGAUCUAGCCUGGAAUGCUCAAAACUGACUACUGUUGGAAAUCUAAAUAUCAGCAGUGAUCAGAUUCUUAAAGCAGAUGGUCCAGGAAAUGCUGAUGCUAGUUCUGUAUCCAUCCACCCUCCUUUACCAAAGUCACCUUCUGAUUCUUGGCUUUGGCGUACACUGCCUAGUCUGCCUUCCAUUUCCUCACGAAAGCAGGAAUAUAAGACAUCAUCCACUAAUACCAAGUGGGAAGCAAUUGUAAAAUCAUCUCAUUUGCAUCACGAUCAUGUUCGUUAUUCGGAGGAGUUAAUUACUCAUAUCCCAGCAACCCAAAACCUACUGCAGAGGCCCCCCUGAGAAGUGCUUAUGCUUGUUGGCUUGUUUGGGAAGUUUGGUUUUGAAAGGGCAAAAUCUAGUAUAUUUCUUCCUUCCUAUCAUUUCACCUGGUGGUUCUCCUACACCUUGCUUCUUCUCAAGAUAUGUUAGAUAACUCCUGGACAGAUCUUGUGGGGCAUGCUAUGGAGCCUGGCAGCUUUAGAGACAGAAAUCUCAAGGCAUCUGCGAUUCUUUCUUUUCUUGGUUCUGUUAAGAACACGGAGAAAAUACCAUGUAACAUAGUAAUUGUUGCCGUAGUUUUUCUGGAAAAAAAAAAAAAAAAUUGCAGGGGAUGUUGUAAUUUAUCUCAUUCUACUAUUCUAGUUCAAUUUUAUGAAUAUUUGCCGUGGUGUU